UCUCGUUCUGCACUGGAUAAAUUCCAGCUCAACCGUCCUCAACCUCGCACUUGAGACCUCCAAGCCCGGCUGGGCGGCAGUGGGGUGGUCGGUGGACGGCAGAAUGGCAGGAAGCGACGCCGUGGUCGGCAAUAGUAACACCCCCGGCCUGUACACGCUGACGUCUACCUCGCCCGGUGAUCAACAUUUGAUGGUCACGACAAGCUUGGUCGGCGGUAUAGAAACGACGCCAAAUCUGAAAUACCCCGACGGGAAGUUUAUCAAAUUUUCUCGCACGGAGGGAACCGGGCAAGUGCCUGUGAAGCUGUCUGGUCCCUCCGCAAUUAUCUAUGCUUUUUCGGCAGACGGAUCCACGACCUUUUCCUACCAUGGGCCCAACAG